AUGAAUGAAUCGACGUCGACGAUAAGUAAUGAUGAAUUGCAACUUGAUUUUGUGGGACUCGGACCAGUGGAAUUCCCUGUCUAUGAUAGUGAUGAAUAUUGGGGUCGGGAGGUUCCGUAUGCAGUUUUUAUUCUGAUAUUUUGCAUAUUUUUUAUUAUUCUCCAAUUUCUUGUUAUGCGAGUCAUGAUUACGGAUAAGGAUCUGAAAAAGUUACCAGCUUUUCAGAUAAUGUUCAUGAUAUCUUUUUUCGACACAAUUCAACUUUUUGUUCAUCUCACCGCCGUUUUCUAUAUUUUGAAUUCUAAGCCACAUUUCAAUCUUCCGGAUUAUUUAAUAGGAGCAGUAAUGAAUGCAUCUUGGGUAUCUAUGCUCAUUCUAAGUAUAUUUCUAAAUCUCAAUCGACUUAUUUCCAUUGUUUUCCAUUUUAAAUCUAAUCGAAUUUUCAGUCCAUUCACUAUGAAAAUCUAUUUUUCUAUAAUUCUAGUCAUCUGGUGCAUUGUCUGCUUCCUGAAUUCAGUUGGGUACAGUCGAAUGGUCUAUUUGCUGCCGGCGUAUACUUGGCACUAUGCCUCUGCAAAGCCUUUAUCUGCAUUUCUGAGAACAGUCAGUGCUAAUAUUUCUUUAGUGGAUGUUCUGUUCUCCCUGUUUGCCCAUGUAUCUAUCUUCAGCUACAUUUACUUUAAAGCAGCACUGUUAUCCCGAAAAGAACUGAUUCUGACAAUUCAAGUGGUGUGUGUUUCGGUGUUCCAUGUGAUUGGAUAUCUGACAUGGGAAUAUUUUCCAAUUCCAUGGGAUUUACCAAUUGGAGUUUUCAUUGGUCAUGUUGUAUGGAUGGUUUGGAACGCAAUUAAUCCAAUGCUUUAUGUGCUGAUUAAUCCAAGGAUCCGUAGUCUGGUGUUAGCUUCAAUUGGAAAACAAACGGAAGUCAGUGGGCGUACACUGUUUGUGGCUUCACAUGUUUCAACUGUUCGUCAAUCUGGGACCAAACUAUGA